AUGCUCUGCUUCUUCCUCCUGGUUUUUUUUUUGUCAAGUGCAAAAUGCUCAGAUGUGCUGAGCCGUCACAGAAGGUCUUGGAUCAUUGACUCCUUCACAAUCGAGGAGGGGCACCCAGGGCCCUUUCCAUAUGUGCUGGGCAAGAUAAAUAUUGAGCGGGAAUAUCAAGUAUACUUUGACCUUUUUGGGGAAGGAGUGGAUGAGGAGCCAAAGGGAGUCCUUUCCAUUCAUAAAGAAUCUGGCACCGUGUAUGUCCACAGGCCUGUGGACUAUGAGGAGAAGACAGUGCUUAAGCUGAAAUUUGAGGCCAGAAAGACAGAUUCAUCAAUUGACACUAAAGUAGGAGUUGAGAUUUCAAUACGGGACAUCAAUGACAACCCACCACGCUUUCGGAGGGAUCUCUAUGAAAUCAGCAUUGCUGAGGAAAAUGCACAAGGAUCCCAUGUCCUGACAGUUGUGGCCUAUGACAGAGACCAGAGAGGAACACCUAACUCAAUGUUCCACUAUGAAAUCAAAUCUGUCACUCCAAACCUUCCAGACACCGAAUUUUUCAUUGAUGAGUUUGGAGGAACAAUCUCAUUCAAAGGAUGUUUGGAUCAUGAGGUGGCUGAAAUGUUUACAGUGUUGGUGGAAGCCAAGGACCAUGGUGAAGCAGUCAGUCUAUCCAGUUCAACUACGGUUGUCAUUCAUGUCAAGGACGGCAACAACCAUCUCCCAACCAUCAGUGGACAAACAGGUUCUGGCAAAGUGAAAGAAGAUGAGGUCGGGACCUCUCCUCUGCGGGUGCAUGUGACAGACAAGGACACCCCGAAUAGCCUGGCAUGGAGAGUCAAGUACACCAUACAGGGUGAAGACGGAGAGCACUUUACAAUAGAAACAGACGCAGACACCAAUGAUGGAAUCCUGAAAGUAGUUAAACCUUUAGACUAUGAGGAAAGAGCACAGAGGGAGCUCUCCAUCUCAGUGGAAAAUGAGAUGCCAUAUUUCUCCUGUAAAGUGAAAGAGCGGACAUCCUCUGGCCUUUGGAAAGUUGACACCAGUACAGGUGAUGAUCCUCACUCUGUACAAGUCCUCAUUGAGGUUGAGGAUACCAACGACCCCCCAGUGUUUAGUGUGACUGUCAAAGAGGCUAUGCUGGAGGAGAACGCACCCAUUGGAACCUGGGUAGAGAAAGUGAUUGCUAGUGAUCCCGACUCCAGUCACGCCAGUGACUUUGUGUACAAGGUAGGAAAUGAUCCUGCUGGCUGGGUGACGUUGGAUCCCCACACAGGAGACAUCACAACACUCAAGGCACCCGACAGAGAAUCUCCUUAUGUUGUUAACGGCAUCUACACCAUCUUACUGCACGCAGUGGAUGAUGGUAAUCCACCUUUGACAGGUACAGCCACACUGAACAUCCAUGUGACCGACCAGAACGACAAUGUGCCUCAGCUCACAGUGGAUAAUGUGGAUGUGUGUGUGUCUGACGGCCCCACCACCACCAACAUCACAGCCUUUGACCUGGAUGGAAAUCCCUUUGGAGGGCCGUUCUUAUUUCAACUGCUGGGAGAUGUCAAAGGAAAAUGGAAACUGAGUCCCUCAUAUGGGUACACAGCUGGUCUGGUGAAGGAGCCUGGUGUGUAUUCUGGACCACACACAGUUAAACUGAGGAUCUCUGACAUACAGGGGGAAUUUGGCAUUUACAACAUCAGUGUGACUGUGUGUGACUGCUCUGUGACGGCCAAUUGCCAAAGCCACAGAGACACUGCCACAAAAGCUGCCUUUGGUGCUAUCGGCAUAGCGUUUGCCUCACUGUUUUUACUCCUGUUUCUGAUGCUGAUGGCAGUUGUCAUCACCUGCAAAAAAGAGUUCACCACUUUGCAGAGCGCUGACUCCUCUGGACAAACCCUCCUUUCAUCAAACAUUGAGAAAGCAGGAACAGACUGCAAGCUACCCGACUGUUUCCUGGCAAUGUCACCUUAUAAGAGGCACCAUGACCUAUCUGACUGGCAAAGUCAGCAUGAUGGAAUGCAACACAGACAGGUUUUAACCAAGGUUAUGGAUGAAAACUUUAGCCACAAAAACUUUGGAGAUUACAGAAGAGAAAAUAUGUCCUACCUAUUCUGUGACUGGAACCAGGACGUGAGCACAGGAAAUUUCCUCUACAAAGGGAACUCAAGCUAUGAGUCAGACACAACUGUCCGAGCCCUGCUUCAUCAGAGGGUCUCCUCUCUCCAGGAGAGGGAGGAAGAUCUGCUGGGCGAUCAGCCUCACCUCUAUGCAGAUGAGGGGGACUCUGACAACCUCUCAGAGCUAGAGGACAUCACCAUUCCUGACAAUAAUUCAUUCCAGAAAGUGCUGAAAGACUUGGGCCCCAAGUUCAACCGAUUAGCUUCCAUUUGCAAGCCACCACAUAUACAAAACUGA